CGGCGGCUGGUCCCGCCGAGCGCGGAGGCACCGGGCCCGCGCCCGGGCCCGCCAUGGACCCGGCGGCCGAGCACCGGCAGCAGCUCCGCAGCCUGCGGGACUUCCUGCUGGUCUACAACCGUAUGACCGAGCUCUGCUUCCGCCACUGCGUCUGCAACCUCAACUACCGGCUGCUCACGGGCCGCGAGGAGUCGUGCCUGGAUAGCUGCGCCGCGAGGCUGGUCCGCGCCAACCACCGCCUGAUGGGCGCCUACGUGGGACUGGUGCCGGCAAUGCUGCAGCGCCGCGCAGCCGAGUAUGGGGCAGCUGCGGGGCCACCCGGACUCCCGGCCUCCCCUGACCCGGCCCCGGGCUCCGCGGAGUCCUCGCUAGAUGCUCCCGCUGCCGGCACAUAGCAGCACCUGGCCACAGAUCCCCACGGCGCAGGAGCAGCUGCAUCCUCACUGUGCUGGAGCUCCAGGCUGGAGCAGCAUCUGCACUGGGCCCCGGGAGCCCCGAGCAGUGGCUGGGCUCUGCAGGGCACCGGGGAUGGAGGCACUAAAACGGGGGUAAAGCCCAGCCCCCUAUCCCGAGUGGUUGUGGACUUCUGGGAAGUGGAUUGUUAAUCCCAAUAAAACAUCUUUACAGUAA